AUGGAGUAUUUUGGAUACAACCCCAACAUUUUUGCAAUCAAACAAGACUUACCAUUAAAUUUGGCCUCAAAAAAAGAAGCUAUUCGUUAUCAUCCCUACGAAAAUGUUUAUUCCCAAGAAUGUUUUCAAGAAAUAAGUGUUAAAAAAUCUCCGAGUUAUACCUCAGAUUCCGAAAGUUUCGUUUCGUCUUCAUCUCACGAACGAUUAAGUUUAUCGCCACUUAAUAAUGGAUUGGAUAUUGAUUAUCAACGUUUUCGUGAAGAACAUUUAUCUAAGUUACCUCAAAAAAUCAUUUCUAAUCACAACAUGAGAAGAAUUGGUCAAUCGAUCGGUCAUCAUCAUCAACAAAUCGAUCCCAGCUAUAAAGAAAAACGAGAAAAGAAUAAUUUAGCCGCGAAAAAAUCGAGGGAUGCCAGAAAACUACGCGAAGAUGAGAUGGUCCUGAGAUGUGCUUUCUUAGAAAGUGAACUCAUGAAAUCAUCGUUGACAAGAAAACAACACAAAAUUUGUAUCGAAGAAGAAAACGAAACUUUAAAGAAAUUGGACCUUAUACUCAACCCCGUAAAAUCACCGUAA